CUUCUUGGUGAAUUUUUGGAUGAAGCCAUUAAAUUAAUUGCUUGCCAUCAUGAGCAGAAGUAAGCGUGACAGCAAUUUUUAUAGUGUAGAGAUUGGAGAUUCUACAUUCACAGUCCUGAAACGAUAUCAGAAUUUAAAACCUAUAGGCUCAGGAGCUCAAGGAAUAGUAUGUGCAGCUUAUGAUGCCAUUCUUGAAAGAAAUGUUGCAAUCAAGAAGCUAAGCCGGCCAUUUCAGAAUCAAACCCAUGCUAAGCGGGCUUACAGAGAGCUGGUUCUUAUGAAAUGUGUUAAUCACAAAAAUAUAAUUGGCCUUUUGAAUGUUUUCACACCACAGAAAUCACUAGAAGAAUUUCAAGAUGUUUACAUAGUCAUGGAGCUCAUGGAUGCAAAUCUUUGCCAAGUGAUUCAGAUGGAACUGGAUCAUGAAAGAAUGUCCUACCUUCUCUAUCAGAUGCUGUGUGGAAUCAAGCACCUUCACUCUGCUGGAAUUAUUCAUCGGGACUUAAAGCCCAGUAAUAUAGUAGUAAAAUCAGACUGCACUUUGAAGAUUCUUGACUUUGGACUGGCCAGGACUGCAGGAACUAGUUUCAUGAUGACACCCUACGUAGUGACGCGCUACUACAGAGCACCUGAAGUCAUCCUAGGGAUGGGCUACAAAGAAAACGUUGACAUUUGGUCAGUUGGGUGCAUCAUGGGAGAAAUGAUCAAAGGUGGUGUUUUGUUCCCAGGUACAGAUCAUAUUGAUCAGUGGAAUAAAGUUAUUGAACAGCUUGGAACACCAUGUCCUGAAUUCAUGAAGAAACUACAACCAACAGUAAGGACUUACGUUGAAAACAGACCUAAAUAUGCUGGAUAUAGCUUUGAGAAACUCUUCCCCGAUGUGCUUUUCCCUGCUGACUCAGAACACAACAAACUUAAAGCCAGUCAGGCGAGGGAUUUAUUAUCCAAAAUGCUGGUGAUUGACGCAUCCAAAAGGAUCUCUGUGGACGAAGCUCUCCAGCACCCAUACAUCAACGUCUGGUAUGACCCUUCCGAGGCGGAGGCUCCACCACCAAAGAUACCUGACAAGCAGUUAGAUGAACGGGAACACACAAUAGAAGAGUGGAAAGAAUUGAUAUACAAGGAAGUUAUGGACUUGGAAGAGAGAACCAAGAAUGGAGUUAUACGGGGGCAGCCCUCUCCUUUAGCACAGGUGCAGCAGUGAUCAAUGGCUCUCAGCAUCCAUCGUCAUCGCCGUCUGUCAACGACGUAUCUUCAAUGUCAACAGAUCCAACUUUGGCCUCGGAUACCGACAGCAGCCUAGAAGCAUCAGCUGGACCUCUGGGCUGCUGUAGAUGACUACUUGGGCCUGGGGGGUGGGAGGGGAGGGAUGGGGACUUGUUUAGUCAUUGAUAGAACUACUUUGAGAACUAAGUCAGUGGUCUUAUUUUGAGUGAUUUUUCAAAAAUGUAGAAUUCAUUUUGUAGUAAAGUAGUUUAUUUUUUUUAAUUUCAAGUGAUGUAAUUUAAAACUUAAGUUGUUUUAAAACAGCAACAAAACUGUAUUGUAUUUUUGCUGUAAUUAACUGUAUAAUGUAAACCUAAUUAUUUUAUCAUGGUUUAAAUUUUUGCAUAUUUGCUUUAUCUUAUGCUGCUGAUUUUUUUACUGAAUUUGUAAGAUUUUGUUUAUCAAAGCAACUAUUAUGUGGUGACUUGCCUAUAUCAUGAAUUAUUUAAGAUUUUUA